CCAAUUGGUGAAAAACGCGACGGCUUUAUCGCCCCGGUAGUGUCGUACCGUGGCGCCAAAUUUGAAUCCUUGUGACAAGAACCAGAAGUUUGAUUGUUUACACCUAAUCAUCGCCUACUUAUCGAUUGAUUCGUCCUUGGUGGCGUCCUUGGGCCCCCGUUCGCCCCAAUUCGAUGCAAAUUUCGCACUCAUUCACAAAUUGCGCAUCUGGCGUCGCGUGAUCCCAUCCCCACUUUUCAUUCUUUGAAAAUCGUCAAAAUAAGCAAAUUUUAAUCACGUUUAGGACGUCACGAGUGAUUUGGUAAAAAAUGCGCGCAGUUUUCCUCAAACUCUCCAUCCAGUGCUAAACUCACCCCUUCAAGGUCACUCACCGUCAAAAUGGAUUUUCUCACGCGAAAAGUUCGCAGUUUCUUCAUAAGUGAGGAAAAAUCGGUGAAAAGACGCGAAAUUACGCGAAUUGAUGGAUAUUUUGAGCUGGUGUACAAAAUCCUGUGCUGGGAGGACGUGUCUUUGACUCUCAGCGUGUUCCUCGUGCUCAACUUUUUGUUCUGGCUCGUGGUUCAAUUACAAUUGAGAACCUUUGGGGUUGUGUUUUUGCUGGCUUUGGUUGCGUUUAUUGGAGACGCGUACUUUGAGAAUGGGGGCGCCCUGGAGGUGCAGUCGGCGCAUUUGGAGGCGUUGGACGAGCUCAAGAACGACCUCAUGGACGUCGUCUUCUCACUCAAAGCCUUACGCAAAGACAGCCCCUCUUCAGUCGGUAAAAAGGCUCAAUUUGCAAAACUUAACCUCAAUUUUCAGUUUUGCAUCGCCAUGUCUUUCGUCUUUCUUAUGAUCAGUUUCAUAGCGAAAAACAUUUCGGGUUAUGUUAUUUGCUACCUGAUGCUCCUUGGGGUGUUCUUCGUGCCUUUGGGGCUCUCGAAACUACCCCCAGAGUACGUUAACUCAGUCAAACAAUUCAUCAAAACUGUGGGCUCUGAUAGAGGUGUUCUAGCUGAGGACGAGCUAAUUCCCUUUAUUUCGGACAAGGAUUUUGGCCAAAGGGACCCCGAUCUUGAUAGUUUGUUGACUGAUAAAACAGCAGAUUCAGUUACCAAUUCGCUAAUCAGCGGCUUGGCCUCGAUGCCGUCGCACUUGGACGGCGAAGACAAGGAGAGUCUGGCCGAGGAGGACCUGCUCCCAGGGGGGCGCUCCCCCGGUGACACUUCGAGCGAUUCGGAUUCGGAGCACAGGGGCAUCCGGUUCGAGUCGCGUCAUUUCAACGGCGACUCGUCAGAGGAGGAACAUUUUUCGAGAAAUUUGAGUUUCGAUAAAACUGCGAGGAAGGAUAGCAGUAGUGAUAGUGAUUUUGAAAUAAUCAAUACGGAGGAGGCGGAGGAACAGUGAUUGUGAUAUUUUCGAUUUUCUCUUUCGCUUGUAGUUAUUUAUUACGAGAAUGCGAUUUAAUUUAAUAUAUUGAUUGAUGACUAGAUUAGGAUGUUUGUUUAGUUUGUAUUUUCGAGGCUACUUAAUAAAACAAUCUAAAAGU